UGUACAUGUCACCACAUAGCACAUUUGUCAAACAGGCGCACUUCUUUCAGCAUAACUUGGCCACUCGAGUUGCUGCAAUGCAACUUACAGCAACAACAUCAAAUUGGAUAGUAUUUGAUUUGGCACUUCUCUCAUAACCAGAAAGUGGGUCAUCUGAAGUAUAAGUUUGUUUGACGAUAAAAUUGUUAGGUUGCUCACCCUUAAUAAUAGUACUCAAAAAUUAAAGUGGAAAGGUAAAAAGAAAGAUGGAUGUUUACCUGACGGUUUUAAUUUUCAAAUAAAAUUCCAUUUCAUCGCCGGCUUCUCAACAAACUGACAAUUAAGCUGUGGUCUCCCCCACAUAUGUGUUUAUUUCCCCUGUCCAAAAGGGCGCGGAGUACUUCAGAGUGCUUUAUAUGUACCAUAGGAGAGCAAUGUUAGCAUACCCAAGUUGACAAGCAAUAGACGCCCUGCAGACUGACAAGUAGAAUAAAUGACAGGCACCUUUUUUUCUGCAAUGGUUGUUUGAGAUGAAGGGAUGUCAAUUCCUUCCCCUGUGGUUAGAGACAUGAACAGCUACUGAACAGAUAGCAACCAGCGUGACUUACGACUUGCGUGUACUGGGAGAUUGCCUGCAUACAUGUACAUGGGUGGUCAAGAUUUUCUUUCAACAAGAAAGGACUGUGUCUUAUUACGUGAACAAAAGUAGCCAUCUGUCUAAGGGAACCUUCCCCUCCUAACCAACUUUUCUCUGGAUCCUAAUUAGAAACAAGUAAUAAGGAGUGAAGUUGGAUGUACAAGUACCAUGACAAACUAAAUUGGGAGACAUUGUUCAACAUUUGUAGACGUCAUGGAAAUUGCACUUCUACAGGAUGCAGGAAUGAAUAUCACUUCAAACUCGACAGCAGACAAAGUGGAGCCCGAUGUCACAUUAAGAAUUACUGUAACAAUUCUGACAGCACUGACAAUCUUUCUGAGUGUCUCACUGAAUCCACUGAUGCUUUUCACCUUACGGCAUGUCACCAGCAUCCAGCCAACCACCAAAAUCUUCAUGGCUUCACUCACGCUGUCUGAUCUUUGUAAUGCUCUAGGCUUGCUCCCUGGAUUAGUGGAAUUGUUUGCUGGAUCUUGGUUGCUGGGUGACUUCCUCUGCACAGUGAAUGGUGUCACCAAACACAUAUUCUCUGGAGUGAGCAUCUUCUCUUUGGCACUUCUGACUGUAGAUCGUUACAUUGCCAUCUCCCGUCCUCUGCGGUACCUUUCCCUGAUGACUGUGUUCAGAGCACAGAUCAUGGUGGGCAGUACAUGGGCAGUGUUUAGCAUCGCCUGCAUUCUGUCAUUUGGGAUUUAUGGAAAUUCUGUCAUCUCUCUGGAUGGUCCUUAUUCACUUUGCCUUGGGAAAACAUAUGAAUGGAGAGCAUACAGCAUGGUUGCAAUAUUUGUUUCCUUGUUAGUGACCAUAUUCAUCUUGUACGGACACAUCACCGUAAUAGCUCGCAAUCAAGCCCGACGCAUUGCUGCUGAAAACCGAGCAGGCAAUGGCCAAGGUGGGCAGAGAAUAAACACCCGAUCAACCACCACCAUCAUCAUCAUAACGGGGACUCUGAUCAUCACCUGGAUGCCUACAGUCAUCAGGUUAGCAACAGCUCCACAAAGGGGUUUCCUGACUUACAAAAACUACAUCGUCUUAAUGUUCACACAAGCUGUGUUGUUUUCAAAUGGUUGGUUGAACAUUGUCAUUUAUUACCUGAGGAACCAAGAUCUUCGCCAGGCACUGCGUGGGUUACUACUGGACUGGUACCACAGAGUGACAAGCAAACACUGA